GUCUGUCUUUCUUUGGCUGCGAGUGGGAGAGGUUGACAGACCUGUCUUUUUUCCUCCCCAACCGUUUGUUUUAUUUCAUUUUAGUUCAGAGCCGGAGUGAAGGGCCGCUCCGUAGAUGGCCAGCUUUCCUCCGAGUGUUAACGAGAAGCUCAUUGGAAGGUCACGGACAGUAGGAGAACUCUUAGCUCCAGCUUCUCCUUUCGAUAAGAAGUGUGGCCGUGAAAACUGGACAGUUGCUUUUGCUCCAGAUGGCUCCUACUUUGCUUGGUCACAAGGCCAUCGCAUAGUAAAGCUUGUCCCCUGGUCUCAGUGCCUUAAGAACUUCUCAUUGCACGGUGUAAAGAAUUUUGCCAAUUUAAAUCAUUCCAAGCUUUCAAGGCAGAACAGUGAUGGCGAUCAGAAAAACAAGCCCUGUGAGCAAGUCAUAGAUUGUGGCGACAUAGUCUGGAGUCUUGCAUUUGGAUCUUCAGUACCUGAGAAACAGAGUCGUUGUGUGAAUAUAGAAUGGCACCGGUUCAGAUUUGGUCAAGACCAGCUUCUAUUAGCAACAGGCUUAGCCAAUGGACGCAUCAAAAUAUGGGAUGCCUAUACAGGGAAGCUCCUCCUUAACUUAAUGGACCAUACUGAAGUUGUCAGACACUUGACUUUUGCCCCUGAUGGCAGCCUGAUACUAGUAUCGGCCUCAAGAGACAAAACAUUACGAGUGUGGGAUCUAAAGGAUGAUGGAAAUAUGAUGAAAGUAUUAAGAGGACACCCAAACUGGGUGUAUAGCUGUGCUUUUUCUCCUGAUUCUUCCAUCCUUUGCUCUGUGGGAACCAAUAAAACAGUAUUGCUUUGGAAUAUGGAUAAAUACACCCUCAUCCGAAAACUGGAGGGGCAUCAUCACGAUGUUGUAGCCUGUGAGUUUUCCCCGGAUGGAGCCUUGCUGGCUACUGCAUCUUACGACACCCGUGUCUACAUCUGGGACCCCCAUAUUGGAGCAAUAUUGAUGGAGUUUGGGCAUCUGUUUCCCCCUCCAACUCCAAUAUUUGCUGGAGGAGCAAAUGACCGCUGGGUCAGAUCUGUAUCUUUCAGUCAUGAUGGACUGCAUAUUGCAACACUUGCUGAUGAUAAGCUGGUUCGGUUCUGGAGAAUUGAUGAGGAUUACCCUGUGCAAGUUGCACCUUUAAAGAAUGGGCUUUGCUGUGCCUUUUCUACUGAUGGCAGUGUUUUAGCUGCUGGAACACAGGACGGAAGUGUGUAUUUCUGGACCUCUCCCAAACACAUUCCCAGCCUCCAGCAUUUGUGUCGGAUGGCUGUCAGACGGGUGAUGCCUACAAGAAAAGUGGAGACCUUGCCUGUUCCUUCUGCCAUCAUCUCUUUCCUUUCCUACCGGAGUUAGAAAAACCAUCGGAAAUGAAUAAAAGAGCAUCAGGCUUUUUAAAGCCUUUGAGCUUCAGUGAUCCACAGGUUUUUAACAUGGCUUUAUUCCCUGAGACUAGAUCAUCAAGUUUCCAAAUAUGGACCACUUUCAAUUUGUAAAGGUAUUAUUUAUAGAAAAACAUCAGAGUACGUAUGUGUCCCGAAGUUGUGGAAUAGCUUUUUCAAAAGAAAGCUCUUAACUGUGAAACCUUGUACAUAAUUGGAUGUAAGCUGCUAUGUGCUAUCCAUGUAUAUCUUUUGAGGUUGCUUUUUUUAAACUAGUGUGUAGCUUGCAUGCACAGAGAGGAGUCACGUGUAUAUAAGUGUGUGCAUGAGGGUAUAUUCACAGUAUAAAAGCCUCUAAGAUUCACCAGUGUUUGCCUCUUUCCCCCCCAAAUGUAAGAACCGUUAUACCAACUUGCACAAUACAUCCAGCGCAUACAUUCACAUGUCUGUUGUCUCUGGAGCCACCAGCAAAACCGGUGCUGUGUAAAAUAAUUCUCAUGUUAGAUAAAUGCUGGCAAAAUCUUGAGCAGCCUUUGUCGUGUACAUUAAGUGAGCUAUACAAAGCCGACCCUGUGGUGGUCAUCUUACAAUAGGGGUGGGCAACUAUGGCCUUCUAUGACCUGUGGACUUCAAUUCCCAGCAUUCCUGAGCUGGCAUAGCUCAGGAACAUCAUAGCUGGCUCAGGGAUGCUGGGAGUUGAAGUCCACAGGCCAUAAAGGGGCCAUAGUUGCCCAUCCCUGAUCUUACAAAGGUAGAAACGGAAUUUUCUUGAAGCCCCCAACACAGGAUGGACAGUUCAUUUAGCAGGGAUAUCUCCUUUCCCAAGGAGGCCUUAAUUUUGCAGCAAAAGUUUGUUUGGGAGCAUGUGAGGUCCUUAAAACUUUUGAAUUCCUGCCUAAAGACUUCCAGUAAAUGAGUUUUCCACAAGCUUUUCUUUUUCAUUAUCCUGUGAGGCUUUGUCAUAUCAAGGCAAAAGGCUAGGUGAACUACCAAAGACAGACAACUUAGUUCUUCCUAGCUUUUGCCUUCCAGUUUAUCUGGACAUGCAGAUACAAGAAUGUAUGCAUUGCUUAAAAUGCCUGACUAUUUUGUUUGAUUUUUUUUUAUAUGUAUAUUAAAUCAUUGUACCAAAAAAAAA